ACUAACUUUUUUGAAAAGCCACCCAUAUUCUUCACCUUGGCUCAUUCUCUGCAAAGUAACAAGAGUAUAUAAACAUCAAGUUUCUGAGUUAACAAGCCAUAAUUCACAAAGAAAAACUAAGGAUCAAAUAACUUGCAGCUGGCUCAGGAUGAAUUAUGCCAAUGGUGUAAUAUCUCUGAGAGGAAGAUGGGGUGUCUUGCUAUGGAAACUUGCAAUAAUGGGGAUGUUUCUGCUUGCUAGAGCAAGCUCUGAGGCUGAUCAUAUUGGAGAACCUGAAGCUGGUGUCUUGUGCAUUAGUGAUUGUACUACUUGUCCUGUCAUUUGUUCACCACCUCCUCCACCAGUGGAGUCACAUAAUUAUUAUUCACCCCCAUCUCACCACUCUCCACCUCCUCAAUCUGAGCGUUAUCAUUCUCCAUCACCAUCACCACCACCACCAUCCCUACCACCUCCAUCACCAUCGCCGCCGCCACCACGGUCAACUUCGCCACCGCCUUUGCCACCUUCAUGGUUUCCUUCUUGGGGCCCUCCUAGUGUUCAAGUGCCACCCAAACAAGGACAGUACCCUUACCCUUACUACUACUUCUAUGCCUCAAAGGCCUCUUCUCUUUCUUUUCAUGCUUCCUUUUACUUUUCCAUUGUGUUUUUCCAUUUUUUGUGUUGUAUGCUGUUAUUGUUUUAUUGUUGAAAGUUGUAUGUAUAAUUUAAGGGUAAUUUUUAUUUAGACUCGAUCCAUAUGAAUCCGUAGUCUGAAUUUCAUGUGAAUCCCACGAUGCAUUUAGAUUAUGAGUUUAUAUAAACUCAGUCUAAAUAAGGAUGGUCGAGUUUGUAAAGAGGGGAAAAUUAAGCUAUUUUGAUGGGUCUUGUGGGGAAUUUAAGGUCAGAUAGGUAGGUAGAGAUGGAGAGAGAUUUGUUACUUAUUAUGCUCUUCAAUCAUGUCAUAUUCAUUUGUAUUCAAUGUAUGAAAUAAUAAAUUAAUUUUAUUUUGUUAAUUAUCAUGAUUGUUUUAUCAUC